UAUAUAAUGACAACCAUUAUUAUAAUAAAAGCCCCCUCCCUCCCCCUUUGCUUUGCAUUAAAAAAAAACAAACAUUCUUUCAAUCUCAAAUUCUCAAUGCAAGAAGCAAUCCCAUAUAAAUCAUAUUCGACCACCACAGCCACCGCCGUCGGCAGCCGUUCGCCGCUUCUUAACUUCCUCGGUGGUGGUGGGGGUGUGGUUGCCAAUGGUAGCGAAAGCAAUAUAAGGAAGCUGGUGGAGGAGAAUGCCGUGGUGGUUUUCGGUAGACGUGGUUGCUGCAUGUGCCAUGUUGUGAUGAGGUUACUGCUAGGGCAUGGAGUGAACCCGGUUGUUUGCGAGGUCGAGGAAGGGAAAGAAGAGGCGGCGAUCUGCGAGUUGUCGAGGAUCGACGGCGGCGGCGGCGACGAUGGAGGUGGUGGUGGUGGGAUUCAGUUACCGGCUGUGUUCGUGGGAGGGAAGAUGUUUGGGGGAUUGGAUAGGGUAAUGUCUACUCAUAUAUCUGGUGAAUUGGUGCCUGUUUUGAAAGAUGCUGGUGCUUUAUGGCUAUGAGUUUUGUGAAAUCUCUAUUGUGUUCUGUUUUUGGUUCUUACUGUUCUUCUUCUUCUUACUUUUUUUUUCUUUUUUUUUUAGAAAUUCAACAGUUUUUACUUUAUUUUGAUAA